CUUGCUCGUAUCUAAUCAUUUCUAGGUCACCCCUUUGUCAAGACGAUUCGCAGAAAUUAUGGACAAACUUAUGUCUCUGCUUCUACACCCUUUGAUCACGCUCAAUAUCUGGUCUGACGACGAUGGCAUCGACGUUUUUUACCUUCUUUCACUCUUCUUCGCUUUUGGAAUUUGGCUCGUAUUCCAACGGUAUCAAAGAGCCCACAACAGCGCGGUUCCCUUCAACUUCACUAUACCUGAUCCUGCCAAAGUUGGAUGGACGUCUUUUGUAAUUGACGAUCCUACGCUCACCUCCCACGAAACCAACGAAGAUCUCCUACCUUCUUUCAGCAUCCAAGGACGAAAAUACAUUACUAGCUUCGAUCCAGCAACCGGUCUGCACAUCCAUACAUAUUUGGCCGAUGACAAGGAAGAAAUCGUGCGAAAGAUCGUGAAAGCAGAUGACGCGCAACUGUCAUGGCGUGAAACCUCGUUUACCCAACGAAGACGCGUCGUUCGUAGCUUGCUGAAAUGGCUAGUGGACAACCAAGAUGUCUGCGCGAAAGUUGCUUGCAGAGAUACGGGAAAAACGAUGGUUGAUGCUGCUCUUGGCGAAAUUUUGACCACUUGCUCUAAGAUGGAAUGGUUGCUAGCGCACGGUGAAAAGUCUCUACGACCAGAGAGACGACGUCGCAAUACGAUGUUGGCUUACAAAACGUCUGAGGUACACUAUGAGCCUCUUGGUACGGUUGCUGGAAUAGUCUCGUGGAACUACCCAUUGCAUAACGCUUGGUCUCCAAUCUUGGCCGCCUUGUUCUCCGGCAAUUCUAUUGUUCUGAAGUGCUCCGAGAAUGUCAUAUGGUCAACGUCCUGGUACAUCUCUAUUAUUAGGUCUUGCUUGCAAGCAUGCGGCCAUGACCCGGAAAUUGUACAGCUUGUUUGUUGCUGGCCAGAAGACGCAGAUGCACUGACAACAUCGCCGCUGAUUAAACACAUCACAUUCAUCGGUUCUGAGGAAGUGGGACGUAAGGUUGCGGUGGCUGCUACUAAGCAUCUCACCCCUGUGACACUGGAACUGGGCGGAAAGGACCCGGCAAUAAUCAUGCCUGGCACUGACCUGAACAAAUGGGCCAGUGUCUGGAUGCGUGGUGUAUACCAAAAUGUUGGCCAGAACUGUAUUGGCAUCGAACGCUUAAUUGUUCAUCGCUCACAAUAUGAUGAACUGUUCGAACUUUUCUCACAGCGAGUCGCAAAGCUGCGGCUUGGCUCAGUCAUGGCACCCAACGAUCAAGGCUAUCUUUCACCAGUGGAUUGUGGUGCCAUGAUAUCCUCUGCUCGAUUUGACGCAUUAGAGCAUCUCAUCAGAGAAGCAGAGGAAUUUGGAAACGGUGUACAUGUUGAAGGUGGUACGCGAUAUAACCAUGUCUACAAUGACAAGGGCUCCUAUUUCCUGCCUACUGUGAUUGGACCGGUAUCUUCUGACAUGAGGAUCGCCCAGAAAGAAUUGUUUGCGCCCAUCGCACUUAUUAUGCCAUACGGUGAUGUCGACGAAGCCAUCAACAUCGCGAAUAGUACUCGCUAUGGUCUAGGUGCAAGUGUCUUUGGCCCUGACCAAAGGCAAUGCCUCAAAGUUGCGAAAGAACUUGACUGUGGAAUGGUGUCAAUCAAUGACUUUGGAGUCUUUUAUAUGAAUCAGGAUCUGCCUUUCGGUGGAACAAAAUCUAGUGGUUAUGGAAGAUUUGCCGGCCCUGAAGGUCUUCGUAGCUUAACAAAUCCCAAAGCGAUCAUGGUUGACCGGUGGCCUGUAUUCAUACAAACUUCCAUACCGAAGGUUUUGGACUAUCCGAUCCGUUCAUUGACAACAAGCUGGGAGUUCACGGCCGGUCUCGUCCGCUUUCUGUAUGCAGAUGGAUGGCGAGCCCGCAUUCGCGGCCUGAAUACUGUGAUCAAGGCAUCACGGAAGUGAGUUGAUAUAUACCUUUUUUGAGAAUCUAGUGUGGAUUGGUCGGAUUGGUAGGACGCGGGGUGAUUUGUGACAGAUGUCACGUACCGUAUAUAGUAAUUUAUCACUUGCUCUUAACUUCCACUA